AUGGUGCUCAACGACAACAAAGCUACUGAUUUACAGGUGGAGAAGGUAACAACGACCGUCUCAGCGGGCUCUAAUGAUGAUUUCGAUGAAUCGAAGAGGGACGACCUUAGCCAGGCCCGUCAGCUUGCUGCCCAAUGGGUCGAUGGCACAGAUGUGGAGAAAAGACUCAUUCGUAAGCUUGACUGGCGUAUCGUCCCAUGCUGCUGGACACUCUAUCUCCUGGGUUACCUUGAUCGGGCUAAUAUUGGAAAUGCAAAGACCGGUGGCCUUGAAGAAGACUUCAACCUCAGCUCCAGUCAAUACUCGAUCAUCGUACUAGUCUUCUUCAUCUCUUACCUCGUUUGCGAAGUUCCAGCCAACAUGAUCUUGACACGAGUCCGUCCGUCGGUAUUCCUCCCUGGCCUCGGUCUAGUCUGGGGAACAUUCGCGGCCCUCAUGGGUGCGACACAGAACUGGAGCCAGUUGGUUGGUAUGCGACUUCUUCUAGGAGUCGCGGAAGCUGGCUUCGCCCCAGGAUGUGCUUUCUAUCUCAGUUGCUGGUAUCGCAGGUAUGAAUUGGCAACCCGAUUCGCUCUCCUCUAUACCUCUGUGCCACUGGCGGGUGCCGUCUCCGGUCUCCUCGCCGGACUCAUCACAGACUACAUGGAUGGGUCUGCUGGCCUUCCCGGUUGGAGAUGGCUGUUUAUCCUUGAAGGCCUGGCAUCUAUUUCUGCUGCGACAAUCGUGUUCUUUUUGAUGCCUGACUAUCCGUCCACCAGCAAGAGAUUCUUAAAUGAGGAAGAAACGCUCCUCGCAUGUAGUAGACUUGCUGUGGAUGGUAUUGCCAUGGCUCAGGGCGCCAGCACGCAGAAGAUUCCGCACUGGACUGCAUUCAAGAUGACUGUCCGCGAUUGGAGAGUGUGGGCUCAAUGCCUGCUUUUUGUGCUGGUCACCGGAUCCCAAACCAUGCAAUACUUCAUCCCCACAUUGGUGGGAAGCUUCGGGUGGACCGGACACAUUGGUCAAUACCACACCAUUCCCGCCUACAUGGCCGCUCUGGUCUACGUCGUCGCAUGCUGCUGGCUCGCCGAUAGAUUCAAGACGAAGUGGCCCUUCAUCUGCGGCUUGUCUGGCGUUGGAUGCGUUCUUUUCAUCGCAGUCACCACCUCCACCAACAAAAUGGUUCAGUACGUCCUUACCAUUUUCGCUUUCGGCACCAUCUACGGCUGCUCUCCCCUAGUGAAGACUUGGGUCUCCGAUGUCAUUCCCCAGCCAGCGGCGAAGAGGGCCAUUGCGAUUGCCUUGAUCAACUCCAUCGGCAAUGCGUCGUCCAUUUAUUCGACUUGGCUCUGGCCCAAGAAGGAUGCGCCGCGAUAUAUCCCAGGAUUUGCCACCACAACCACCUGGCUUGGUGUACUAUGCUGUUUAACCGUGGUCUUUGCAUGGCUGUUCAAGAAACAUCCGAUUGCCAAAGAAGACCAUACAAAAGUCAUGGCUGCCGAAUUGAGGGCACAUAGAAAAGCCGGAGAGCAGACUGCAUAG